GCUCACUUCCUGAUAGGUAGGUAGAUAGGAGAUGUAAUAAGUAUAACUUAUAUAAAUAUCUCCUCUUACAUAACUUAUAGUUAAGUUAGUUAACUAUUCUUACAUAAACAUAAUAGUACUCACCUGUCACGCCUACUUACCGCAUCGCCGACCACUGCCAGUCAUACACUAAAUUUAAAUUGUUACCCAGAUUGAAAGCCCUGUGACGUUGCAUGGUUCCUCGGAUCUCCCCUCUAUUCAGCACAGUACGGUACUUCCUGCCGUUAACGAACACUUUUUAAUGGUCCACCUGAGGUUUUUACUCACACUUUUUGACCAAACCAUUUCCAACGACAUACCUUGAAAUCCUUUACAUUUGUUCACACAUUUCCCCCAACCCAGCUUCCCAUUACAUCCACCUUAUUUGGAAAGUGGUGGAUACGCAGAUCUUCUCUUGAUUUCCACAACAUCUAGAAAGAAAGAACGCUCUACAGUAAUUUUUACUAUUUAUUUAAAUCGCAAGGAUGGUGAGCUUGGGUCAUGUUCAUCGGAGGCAGUCUGGUGCAAGCAACCGGUCUUCCGUCGACGAAUCGAAGGUUUCUGAUGCCGAGGAUGAGACUACGGUCGUUGAGCCAGAUCAGGGAAAUGUUCUCUCACACAUCAUCUCGCAGCUUCGUCCGGGAGCGGAUCUGAGCCGCGUCGUCUUGCCUACCUUUAUUCUCGAGCCCAGGAGUAUGCUGGAAAGAAUCACAAACUUCAUGGCACAUCCGGAAACUCUGCUUCCCAUGGCAGAGGUAGAGGACCCCUUGCAAAGAUUUACUUCGGUUGUGAAGUUUUACUUGAGUGGAUGGCACAUCAAACCUCCAGGGGUUAAGAAACCACUCAAUCCUAUCCUCGGCGAAAUUUAUACUUGUUAUUGGCAGUUUCCAGAUAAUACAAAGGGAUACUAUAUUUCCGAGCAAACCUCUCAUCAUCCACCGAAAUCCAGCUACUUCUAUAUGGCGCCAGAACACAACAUACGGAUCGAUGGAUGUUUGAAACCUCGAAGCAAAUUUUUGGGCAAUUCUGCGGCUAGUAUGAUGGAAGGUAUUGCUAUUUUGAGAUUUUUGAACAGAGGGACUGGGCCUAAGGGAGAACGAUACAUUCUGACCCAGCCCAACAUGUACGCUCGAGGUAUUCUUUUCGGUAAGAUGAAAUAUGAGCUCGGUGACCAUAGUUUUGUGCGCUGCCCGGAGCUCGGAUUGAGCGCGGAUAUCGAGUUCAAGACGAAGGGCUAUUUUGGAGGAACUUACAAUGCUAUUGGGGGUAGUAUUAAGAAUGACAAGACAGGGGAAAUUCUCUACGAGCUUUCGGGUAUGUGGAAUGGAGAAAUGUUUAUCAAGAACGUUAAGACGGGUAAGAAAGACCUUUUGUUUGAUGCUACGAGAGCGAGACCAUCACCUCCAUUAGUGAGACCUUUAGAAGAACAAGAUGAUAGAGAAUCGCAAAAGUUAUGGUUUAAGACGGCAAAAGCGGUCAAAGAACGCAACCACGAAGUCGCGACAGAUGAGAAGACAUUUAUCGAAGAUAUGCAGAGAGAUGAGGCUGCAAAGAGAGCAGAAGAUGGUGUUGAAUGGACUCCCAGGUUGUUUCGACCAGUACGAGGUGGCCCCGGCGGGUCCGAAGAGGGCGAAGAAGAUCUAGAUUGGAUCUUGAAUGCAAGCAUUGAUGGCGCUAGUCCACAAGAACAGACGGAACAAAUCCUCGCGGUUUAUCCAAUCCUUCCAGGUCAGAAAUUCACGGAAAAGAACCGUAUUCCUCCACAGCAUCACCAACAUACAGAACAGGCCACUCCAUUAUCACCCACGAUCCCAGUGGCAGCUCCAGUUUCAAUACCCUCCCAGGAGAAGGACAAGGAGAAUCUCAUUGAUUUGGGAAGAGAAUCACCAGCGCCAGUCCAAUCUCAGCAUGUACCAGCUGAUCUCCUUGCCGCUCAGACACAAAAUAAUGGACAUCAACAAAAGGAUCUUGAGCGAACCCUCCAGUCCACUAGUACGGUCCAGGGUCAGAACCAGAGCUCUUUAAUCGACUUCCAUGAUGAUCUAAGAAAAGACUUACCAGCAGCUACUGACACCCAGGGGACGGCCACCUCCACCCUGUAUCGACAGGAUACAGAUACUCACAGUGUCGACGAGUUUGUAGAUGCUGAGGGUUGAUUCGAGGGAGAAACAUGCAGUGGGAUGUCGGAAUGAGUCGAGCUUGGCUAAUGUAUAAGUUCACAUGCGAUGCUCAAUGCCCCCCAAGCUGAGAAGUUCAAUCCGCAUUACAAUCAAGAUUUAUUUUUCUUUCAUGGUCGAAAAGGUUAAGGCAAGGAUUUACACGUGCAUUUGCGCUUGCAAUUUUUGGAAGCUCGGAUAUACUACUAGAUUGGACGGGCGGGGGUCAACCUGUACCUUUGUUAUAUAUGUUGGGAUUUUUGACAGUCUGCGAUGAGAUUGCUGGAUGGGAGAAUGGAUUGAUGAAACAAUCAUGCAAUGGAAUGAACUAGCUGCAUGGAUGUUUAAGUAAUGAAAUAUACACAACUUCUUCUAUUCUACCUGUUUUGACUUUUAACUCCACGUGAAUAUGUGCAUGUGCUUUUGAUAUCUUUUUAUUUGCGCUUUUGUCAAAUUUUUAAUGUGGCUAUUAUACGUGAGCAGCCUCAUGCUGCUUUGCUGUGCUUUGCUUCGCUUUUUGCUUGAAUAUUCCCCAGGUUAUUGAAACGAAUAAAUGACCAUGAAACGCCUUGUAUGAAUACAACUUCGUAAGAUCCUCAAUGCCUCGUACUAAAGAUGCUACGCUCUGCAUAUGAUGUCGAAUUUUCCACGGAUGGUUCCACCGAUUAGUUUCUCCAUCGUUAAGAUUUGCGGUCGAAAAAUGGUGUAUAUCCACUGUGCACUGAAAACAUGACAGAAUGUGCGCCUCGUUUUGUCUGUAGAGCGUCAAAGUAAAAACGAAAUAGUGGUAGGAGAUGCCGAAGAUUCGUGCGUUGCGUGUUUUGAGAAGUAUCUAUCAGCAUAAUCGUCUCCUCCCAAAGAGCAUCCCUCAACUGUCUUCGCCCCAGCUCUCAAUGCGCCCAUCAUCCUACAGUAUCGCCCCAGAUGACCAUUUCACAAUGAUCCAUCUCCAUCUCCACCUCACGCAUAUCUCUUCCUCGUGGGCUCGGGACUAGGACUCCUUGUCACGCUCCUCUCAUCUCUCCCCCUCAUCCUCAACCACUUCUUCGUACUCAACUCCAACUCGCGAUCCAACUCAUCGCUCGGAUUCUUGCGAUGGAUGAAAUUGCAAAAUCCGCCACGCACGCAUCCUUCGCCGCUGUUGAGCCGACAGCAUGCUUCGCGAAAAUCGGUGACGGGGGAGAGCUCGCAGUAGAUUGGGCGAGCGGCAUACCAGCGGGAAUUCAGUGCGUCGCAGGCUUUUUGCGCAGAGUCUUCGUAUUUGAAGCGCGCGUAUACGUUUCCGAUGAGACGAUCAUUAUUAUUAUCACACACGACGACCUCUUCAAUCUCGCCAAACUUGCACAUCUCGCACCAGAAGUCCUCGUAGAAGGCAUCGAAGUGGUUCUGUAACUGCGACGCAUUCAUCUUGUUUUUGGGGUCGUAGGCGGGAUUCUGGUAGAGGUUGGGGAGGAGGAUGGUCUGCGAGUAGGAAGGCUUGACGUGCUUGCGGGAACAACGGUCACCGUGGCGACAGGCGCCAAUCUUGUAGUAGAAGGAGCAAUUGACCUUGUCGGCUUCAGUACCGAAGAUGGAGGCGAGGUAGUUGGCCAUUUUGGAGAUGUGAGAUUUGGUUCCGACGGAGUAUAGCUCUAGAUACGAAUCAAGUUUGUGAAGGUUUGUUUGUUGAAUCUGAGUGUGGCAAUUGAUGGAGAGGAAAAAUAUCUCUCUUCAGCUUCGAUAAUAAUCUCUUGUUGUAUGGAAAGUAGCAGAAUGCACAAUGGGGAGUAUGCGUCGAUAGCAAUUUGUCUGAGUUCAAAAUGAGGCGCGCUUGAUAAUGUUG